AUGGAGUCAGCUGCACAGGAAGCAGUUGCAAGCGAUGCAGAUGCAAAUAUCAAGGGAGGCGCAGUCACAGAGCAGCCUCAGGCGGCAGCUGGAGUUGUUGCUUCACCCCAGCGCAUCUCUUUCGUCUCAGCAUCAAAGAAUCCAGCGGAUGAAGACUCCGUGCUUCAGAGCAUGUGCAAGCUUCUGUCCUCUCUGCUGCGCGUCCCUGCUACAGGCGUGGGAAUGCUGAACCGGGGAAAGCUGCAGUACUUUGGCGUGCAGCACCCGGCUGACUGGCCGAGCCUCCCCAACCUUGCAGCUGUCCCCUUGGAUCAAGAGUUGCUGAUCGUAAAGGACACACGUGAGGACUGCAGAUUCUCGGAGCUUGAGCGGCAGGCAGGCGCACGCUUCUAUGCAUGCGCUCCCCUCAUGUCCUCCAAGAACCACCGCGUUGGCGCACUAUUGGUCAUGGACUCGAAGCCUCGCGAGGAGGGCUUCAGCCCAGAGACCACUCGCAUCUUCAUGGACAUGGUGCGCAUUAUGUCGACGAAGAUGGAGGCCGACUACAAGAAGGCAGUGGAAGUGGAGCAGCAGAACCGCACCAAGGAGCAGCUACUGCACUCCCUGGACAAAAUCCGCUCGCCCAUCAGCGUCUGCGAGAUCACUCGCGAAGCAACCAAGAUCCUCUUCGCAAACCACACCUGGGCCUUCCUGGCAGGUCUGGGAAACAAGGCCAUCGUGAACAGCAACUUCUGGGACCUGUUCGUGUGCGUGGAUGAGACCAAGGAUGAGGCUCAGGCGCGCUUCUGGGCAUGCGAGGUGGGCAAGCGGGACUUCACAUGCUGCUUCAUCUUGGCAGACAAGGGCGAUGAGCCGCAGAUCACCAUGCGCCUGCAUUUCAGGUCGGCAAACCGGGGGGCGCCCAAGGCAGCGGCGCGCCACGGCAUGCUGAGCCAGGCAGUGGCCAAGGCGCUGCAGCCGUCCUUCUUCUUCGCAAUGUUCGAGGACGACGUGCACGAGUUUGUCCCGGCCGACAACCUGCGCAGCCGCAACUCCAUGCAGGCAUCCCGCACUGCCAGCUCCAUUCUGGACUUGGACGAUGAAGCGGUCAUGGAAGCAUCCGUGCAGGCAGGAUACACGCGCCGCUCCAGCGCAAGUGUGACACCCGUGCAGCCGACACGUGUCAGUGUGACUAAGGCUGACGGCGCCGGCCCUGCCAAGGCCUAUGGCAUCCAGGAGAAUGGGAGGGAGAAGCCGCCGCUGCCAAAGAAGGGAUGCUGCACAAUCUCCUGA